AUGGUUUCAAUGUUUGCCCAGAGAGGAAUCUGCUUUGACUUUAUUAAAAGUUACCCCAAGAAGACAAUCAGUGACCAGAUGGCUGAAAUGGUAGAGGAUGGAAAUGAACUAUAUGACGCUGUCAUGGCAAGCAUGGCAUCUGCUGUGGUUGUACAAGCUGAAUUUAUGCUAAGUAUGAGGUUGUUGUUCUCUUAUCAAGUUUCAUCAAAAACUGACAAAGUCUGGAUUAUGAUAGCCCAGAUGGAUUUCACUUCCACUUCAAUUCAAAGGAACUGGCCACUACACUUCAUUCAUGGUGCUAUAUCCUUUGUGGUUCACUUAGGGGACUUGGUAGGAUUUCAGGAUUUUGUUAAGGAAAGAAAGUUGGCCACCAAUCAAGAAGAUGGCUUUUUCAAGCAUUUUUGGGAAGAUGCCUUUCAAUGUGCGUUCCCCAACUCCAGGGGAGAGAAGAAUUUUGAUGCCAUAUGCACUGGGGAGGAGAAGAUUGAGGCUCUCCCUUCUUCAAUUUUUGAUAUGAACAUGAAUAGCCACAGUUACACUGUCUACAAUGCUGUCUAUGCUGUGGUACAUGCCUUGGAUGCUCUAUAUUCAUUCAAAAGGAAACACAAACUUUUGCCAGGUACAAGUCAACCGAAUCUUCUACAUCAAGAAUCAUGGCAGGUUCAGCCCCGUUCAGUGUGCAAUGAACAUUGUCUUUCAGGUCAAAGAAAAGCCAUGAAGGAAGGCAAACUAUUCUGUUGCUAUGACUGCCUUCCAUGUGCAGAAGGAAAGAUUUCAGAACAAGAGGAUGCAGAUGACUGUGUCCGAUGUCCAGGAGAACAAUAUGCAAACGUCCAUCAAAAUGCAUGCAUUGUCAAAGAGAUCACCUUCCUGUCUUAUCAAGAACCUCUAGGAAUUACCUCUUUGGUAUUUGCAUUCUCCUUUGCUUUCAUGACAGUACUUGUGCUAGCUAUCUUCAUUAAGCACAAUGAGACACCGAUUGUCAAAGCCAACAACCAGAAACUCUCCUAUUUCCUACUAUUCUCUCUUCUCUUCUCCUUCCUUUCUGCUUUCCUUUUCAUUGGUCGGCCUACCAUAUUGACAUGUCUCCUUCGACAAGUUGCUUUUACCUUCAUAUUUUCAGUAGCAAUUUCUUGUGUGCUGGCCAAAACUAUCAUUGUAGUUCUUGCUUUCAUGGCCACCAAGCCAGGAUCUGGAAUAAGGAAAUGGGUAGGGAACAGAUUGUCUGCUUCUAUUGUCUUUUCUUGCUCCUUCCUUCAAGCUUCUCUUUGUGUCAUUUGGCUGUCAACCUCUGCCCCAUUUCCAAAUUUUGACCUGUAUUCCUUGCAUAAAGAAAUUAUACUGGAAUGUAAUGAAGGGUCAACUUACAUGUUUUAUUGUGUCUUGGGCUUCAUGAACAUUCUUGCCCUAGUCAGUUUCUUGGUGGCCUACCUAGCUAGGAACUUGCCUGACACCUUUAAUGAAGCCAAGUUCAUCACCUUCAGCAUGCUGAUUUUCUGCAGUGUGUGGUUGUCUUUUUUCCCAGCCUAUCUGAGCACCAAGGGCAAACAUAUGGUAGCUGUGGAAAUCUUCUCCAUUUUUGGCUCUAGCGCAGGGUUACUGGCGUGUAUUUUUUUACCCAAAUGUUAUAUUAUUAUAAUACGCCCUGAACUAAAUAAAAAAGAACAGCUAGUAAGGCAGAAGUAA